AUGGGUUUGGGACAUUCAAAGCCCGACUCUAAUGGAGGAGGGGAUAACAACGACCAUCACCCCACGACGCCACACACGACCCCGGCUCCACCUGCACAACCUCCCGCACAACCGCCCCCACCCGCUCAACCACCAUCCCAACCACCGGCCCAACCACCGGCCCAACCGCCAACCAAGACCGAACCGCCAUCCUCGCCUCCAACGUCAACUCACCAACCUUUACCUCCGAACCCACCAGCAUCUCCAGCUAGUGCCCCAAGCCAAGGAUCGACACUGCCAACUCAGAACGCGAAUCCGAACCACUCAGAUAACAGUGCUGCUUCUCAUACACCUGAAUCUCCUGCUGGGAGCUCUAACGUUCCGAUUCCAAGCGUGACUGGCGCGCUUCAACAAGCAGACCCCGCUCCUUCAGGGACUGGCGCGAAUGGGACUGGCAAAUCCCCGUUUAGCAUCAGUUUUCCGGGUCCUGGGCAGGCUGGGCCAAUGAGCUCAGGUAUAGCUGUUGGCGGGUCUUCACCAUCCUCUGGAAAUGCAAACACAAAUACCGAUACCAAUACCUUCGGAAGCGCCUCUUCUUCGCACAAAAACCCUGCAGCCAUAAUCGCUGGGGUACUUGUCCCGCUUUUUGUCCUACUCUUUGCCGUUGCGGCCGUUCUCGCCUAUCGCCGUCGUCAGCGGCUCAAAGACAGAUGGGAAUGGGAGCGCACGCACAAAGAGAUUGCCGCUGCUGUCGCGCAGCAGGGCAGUACGGGCAGUUCAACCCCUGUCACCACCAACUAUGCUUCACCUUACGGUGUCCCUGCAACUCCGCCCAUUGGCGACUGGGUUCGGUUUGCCGACACCACCAGCCCCAAUAUGUCGCAGUCGCCGUACUAUAACACUGCAUAUGCUGGCACCUACAACCCGUAUGCGAGAGAGAAGACUGGCUUGCAUGACGUCGAAGCGCUCUGA